AUGCAAGCGUAUUUUCAAAAGCGACGAAUCUACAGACAACUCCAGAAACAAAUCGUGACAGAGCAUCAGGAUGCCCAAUACAUCUGGACCCAUGAACGACGAUUUUGGUACUUCCCAGAUGGAGGACUUAUGCCCGAGUCCUGCGACCCUCACGAGGGAGCUGCCGCAGAGAGAUGGUCCGAACAUGGCCAUCGGACUAGGGUAGGAGGGCCAGCUCUCGAAGUCCAUACAGCUCGCUCGCAUAUGGAACGUGACGGAGACGUUGAACGAGCGGAUAUGGACCCGGAGUUUAAUGUUGAUCCAUACCCAAUCAACUCGCGUGACACAAUUGGGGCCGACGUUGAUAUCGUGAUUACAGGUGUGGAAAGGGCAAGAUAUGUCGAUCACCAGGAAGAUGGGGAUCCCGAGGAAGCUGGAAAUGGUGAAUCGAGUGCAAAUGCUGAUGAAGAUGUGGAUCGUAUGACCGCCGAGGAGAAACAGAACACGAUUAUUGUUGUCUCCUACGAGGAUGAUACGGAUCCAAUGGAUCCGCAUAACUGGUCGUUUGUUCGGCGGUUUGCAUGCACGACGCUGAUUUCCUUGCUUGGAUCGUUGGCAUUGUGGUCCUCUACCAUUGAUCCUCCGGCUUUGAUUGAAACUACGAAGCUUUUUCACACCAACUUUGAGAUUCAGAGUCUUCCAACGGGACUCGGGGGAAUGUUGACUGCGCCCGUCUCGGAAGUAAUUGGGCGGAAUCCAGUAUACAUCGUCUGCCUGAUCUUAUUCAUACUCUUGGAGACGAGUGCAGCUUUAUCCCAAAAUCUGGCCCAACGCAUUGUGUCUCGUGGCUUGGCUGGUCUAUUUGCUUCCGGUCCGUUGGUAUGCUCCGCAGCUGCCCUCGUCGACCUGUGGUCUCUGAUAGAGCGAGUCUACAUGUUUCCAUACUAUGCUAUGAUCCUCGAGCUUGGCGCCACCGUUGGACCAGUGCCUGGGUCGUACAUCGUGAUGGCAAAUACAGUCAGUUGGCGCUUUGUGGACUGGUCGACUGCCAUUCUAACCGGCCUCUUGUUGGCACUUGUUAUUCUAUUUCUCCCUGAAACUUACAGUCCGGUUUUACUUCGAUGGAAGGCACAACAACUUCGUCGUCUGACGGGCGAUGACCGCUACCGAGCACCACUGGAAUUCAAGAAAGUCUCCCUACGAGGACGUUUCCGCAACGCAUUCUCUCGACCGAUAAUCUUCUUCUGGACAGAGCCAAUUAUCGUGGUAUUUUCCGCUUAUAUGGCGAUCGUCUUCAUAAUUCUCUACACCUUCACUGCAGGCUUUGCUUCGAUCUUCGAGGAAAAUUAUGGUCUCAAUCAAGGCGAAACAGGCCUUUGCUUUCUCGCAAUCUCCACGGGAAUCAUACUCGCCAGCGUUCUCGUCCCACUCUCAAUGAGACUCAUCCGAAGAGAUAUCUACCACGCCCGCAGACACGAUUUGGCCCGACCCGAACCCGAAUGUAACCUGUACAUGUCCAUGUUCGGCGCACCGAUAAUCCCUCUUUCGCUUUUCUGGAUGGGCUGGACAGCUCGCCCUUCGAUCUCAAUAUGGUGUCCCCUUCCAGCGGCGCUCGCGUUUGGCUUCGGCGUGUUGGGCGUCGUUGUUUCCUCGUAUCAGUAUAUCGCGGCGACAUUCGAGUAUCACACGGCUAGUGCGUUGUCCACUAUUCAGGCUGUCCGGGUCAUGGCUGCUGGGGCGAUGGCUGUGCUGGCGGAGAUUAUGUAUAAAGAUCUCGGGGAGGCUUGGACGUUGACCUUAUUGGGGGGUAUUGCGAUGUUGUUUUUGCCGGUGCCUUUUCUACUGUUCAAAUGGGGAUCUAGGGUGCGGCAUUGGAGUAAAUUUGCAAGGGAGCAUGAGCGGACUGAAAUGGGUUGA